AUUCGAUUUUUGAUUCCCCGUGUCGAUCGAUCGAUCCAUUCGUAUACCAGUCCAUCUGCAUCUCUCGCUCUCUCCUUCGCCAUUCCUGCCAGAUCGAGCUAUGGACUCCUCCCGCGAGAGCCUGGUCUACGUUGCGAAGCUCGCGGAGCAAGCCGAGCGCUACGAGGAGAUGGUGGAUGAAAUGAAGAAGGUCGCGAAGCUCAAUGUUGCACUGACUAUUGAAGAGAGGAACCUGCUAUCUGUCGGGUACAAAAAUGUUAUUGGGGCUCGGAGGGCAUCGUGGAGGAUUCUGACUUCCAUAGAGCAAAAGGAAGAUGCGAGGGGGAACGAGAUCAGCGUUAAGCGAAUCAAAGAUUACAGGAAGAAGGUUGAAUCGGAGCUUUCCAGCAUCUGCAGUGAUAUCAUGGUUGUACUUGAUGAGCAUGUCAUUCCUUCAGCAUCAGACGGUGAAUCCAAAGUUUUUUACUAUAAGAUGAAAGGAGACUACUACCGCUAUCUCGCAGAAUUUAAGACUGGUGACCAGAAGAAAGAGGUUGCUGAACAGUCAAUGAAAGCGUAUGAGAUGGCUACAAGUAUUGCAGAGUCUGAUUUGCCUUAUACACAUCCCAUCCGCCUUGGUUUGGCUUUGAAUUUUUCGGUGUUUUACUAUGAAAUCCUCAACUCAGCCGAAAGGGCAUGCCACAUUGCAAAGCAGGCAUUUGAUGAUGCAAUAGCAGAACUUGACAACCUCAAUGAGGAGUCUUACAAAGAUAGCACUUUGAUCAUGCAACUUCUCAGGGACAAUCUCACAUUGUGGACCUCUGACAUCACAGAGGAAGGAGUUUUCCAUCUUGUAACAGAAGAUGCACAAAGGGUAAAUGGCACAGCUAAAGUUGUUAUGGAAGAAGGAGAGUAAAACAGGUGUAACCUUGAAUCCUAUGCCUUGCAGUGAAACUCGAAUGGAGCUCAAAAUAUGCAUAGUUGGAGAUAUAAGCUUAUUCCAGUGUACUCUGUCAUUUUAAGUCCUGUACUGAGUACUCUUGAUUGGUUGUGGUCGGUCGGGUUGCUUUUCCUCAGGUUUCUCCUUUUGGUCAUGAUGGAUGAAAAUUGGUUUGAUCUUUAUGGUGCUUUUCCUACUUUUAAAAUUUAUACUACGUUCAUGGUCGAUUGUUCUGUAUCCUUCAUUUUCUUGGUCCCAUGUUACUCACAAUGUAUUUGGUUGCUUCUACAACUGCCUGUCAAGUUUGUACCUGAAUCCUAUCAAAUUAAUAUGCUAUUACUGUGUUUGAUUUGCCCUUUAA